UAUUCACACUGUACAGUCACUGUACAUACACAUGCCGGCGCAGGAAAAAGGAAACGCAGUGCCAUGAUCGAACAGAUUCUUAGCUGCCGUAUGGUGAUCUAUACGGUCUCCUGACAUUACAUCAUCGCAACUAAUCACGACAUGAGCAGUGAGGCAGCGCCUUCAGGCAGUUACAACCGUCACAUUAACAAUGGGAGGUAACGCAGUCUAUGGAGCCUCCGCAGCGCAUGCUAUGCCGUAACCAGAACAAACGUCGGAGGAUAAGAAUCGGCUGGCAAAGUAUGGAACCAAUGAUGUCCUGGCGUCAAACUUUACAGUAGAAGAUGUAGCUGGAAGAAGACAUGGCAUCUGGACCAGAUGAUGAAGAAAAGAAAAGGAACAACAAUAGAGAAGACUUCUUCCAUAAAUGGUUCUUAUAUCUGGGACACAGAAAAUUGAGGGAGAAGCAAAGACAGGAAAACAAAAGUCAGAAGUGCCUACAAUUGAAGAAGAGAACAAUUCCAUUGACCUAGCAAAGCAAAAAAGUGAACUGGAGGUAAAUGACGAAAAUGUUAAGAAAGAAGAAGAUGGUCUUAUAUGGCAGGGCACCGGGGACCCUUUACCACAGCUUCUUGCAGUUGUUCCAACCUUGGAUCAUUCUAGUUCCCCAUCCAUGUCAAAAUUAAUUACAGAUGAAGAAUAUGAAGAAUACGAUGAUUUUUCUGAUGUUCGCAGCAUUGCUUCAGAUGACUCUUUCUAUCCACCAGAUCUUGAGACUCAUGGCUACUGGCAGCAUAGUGAAGAAAAUGAAGAAGGGGGCCAAUUUACAAAUGGAGAACUUGACAGUGAUAGUUAUAAUAGUUUAGAAAGUCUAGCAAGUCCUGAACCGCUUACUCUGUUUAAAGCAUGCAAUAGCAAUAAUGUAAUUAUUUUAAAAGCUCUCAUGCGUCAAGGCUUGACAAAGGAAGAGGUUUGUGAGACAGACAAAAACAACAGGACUGGACUUCUUGUUGCAUGUUAUCAAGGUUAUGUGGACAUCGUAAUAGCUCUAUCACAAUGUCCUCAUGUUGAUGUGAACUGGCAAGACAACGAUGGGAACACUGCUCUUAUAACAGCUGCACAAGCAGGACAUAUAACAAUCACAAACUAUUUGCUGAAUUAUUACCCCGAUCUAAACCUUGAGAAGAGAAAUAUUCAUGGAUUCACAGCAUUAAUGAAAGCAUCAAUUCAAGGCAGAACGGAUUGUGUUCGAGCUUUAAUGUUAGCUGGUGCUGAUAUUCAAGCAGUGGAUCCAAAUCGUGGUUUGACCUCCAGAGAAUGGGCAAGAUUUACAGGAAGAUAUGACACAGCCUAUCUGAUGCAACGACUCAUAGACAAACCAUCCCCAGAACAAUUUAGUAAUCAAUUCCAAAUGGAAUGGCCUAAAAUGAAAGAACUCCUUGCGAAGGCUGCAGAACCAAAAUCAUGUGCGCAGAAAAUUUCAGAAUGUAUUAAAUCAGCAUUUACUUUUAAUUAUUUUAGUCAACCUGAGGAGGAUGGUGUGCUUGAUCACAUGGUAAAAAUCACAACAAGCAUAAACAGCCCAUUUGUUGCAGUUAGUUGCAGAACAGUGUGUCCCGACAGUCCCCCAUGUGUUGGGAAACGUAGAUACUCUGUGCAGGAGAUUAUGAGAAAAAAGGGAGCAAAUAAAUGCAGAGCUUUAGAUGAAAAGUCUCAUGAAAAACUUUUCCAUAACUCAACAGUUACUGUAAUUUCCAAGAAAAAAGAGAGAAGAGCUAGUCUUCAACCACAUUCCUUACAAAGAACUGAUGUGAUGGCUAUAAGAAGAACAAGUCUUUUACCGUUAAAUAUACUAAGAAGAAGCAGUGUGAGGCCAGGAUACAUAAUUCCAAAAGUUCGCAUCACCAAGGCUCCCACACCAACAUACUAUCCUGACAAAGCAAGGAAAGACAAAGACAAUACCUACUUACAGAUCCCAAAAUGGCGCUACAAGGAGUUAAAGGAAGAAAGGAAAAAGGCAGAAGAAGAGGCGCUCAGAAAACGCCAAGAAGCUGAGAAGGAGAAACAAAAAAAGAUAAUAAAAAAAAAAAGUUUUACUUAAUAUAUGUAUUUCCAUCAAACUUAAAAUUAUAAUGAAUAAAGGCAGUGGUGAAAACUUAGAUUAGAUUUUGGUAACAUAAAUGUAAACAUAAAAAA